UCUCAUGAGUACAAGAAUAAUUUCAGGUUCUCUUUCACUCUCGACGUCUAAACCUAAACUGCGUUCAACGCAUAAAACCUGUAGCUGUAGCGAGUAUUGCUUUAAGGCCGUGUACAGAUACUUWAACUCAUGGUAUAUAUAUGGCAUAUAUAUAACGUGAAGGAAAUGUAGACAUUAYUCAAAUAAGGGCUGUGAAGUCGCUUUUUUCRACAACUAAACUAAAAUCGCCUCCCGUUUUGAUUUCUACACUUUAAACUCAAGAAACACGUUAAAGUGGAUUAGACGAAUGGGAAACCAGAACUGUAAGGAUUGUUCAAACUCUAUCUUGUUUUCCGAAGAAGAUGUUGAUGAAAUGAAAGAAUGGAUGGAAUAUUCAAAGACAAUUCACUGGCGUUAUCCUUCAUCAUGCUUACCAGGGACUGAACUCAAACAUGUACAGCCUGACUACAAAACAGAAACUGAAAAAGAGCAAAAUAACGUCCUUAAGAGAAGUGUUUUAUUAGUGAACAGUGAUUAUAGAAUGAACAGAGGCUCAGUAAGAAAAUCAUCGAAGAAAUCCAUGAAGGAAGAAAUAUUCCUUGAAGAGAGCACAGUUAAUAACAACAAUGUUAUAAAAACAAAGCAAAUUGAAGAGAUGGAGGGAAGCGAGGAGACACAAAGAAUGGAUUGUGACAAGGCUAARAAGACAGGGUUCCCAACUGGUCGAGUGUACAUCGGCAUGUCACAUGACUCAAUCACUCGUAGGCUGAAGGUGGCAAUAAUCAAAGCCAAAAACCUGAGCUGUAAACAAGAUGGAAGGAAAGACAUGUGUGGCAUUAAUUGCUCAGCUUCAUUUAUCACGAUUUCUUUAGUAGAAGGUGAUCACGUGAUCGAUACCUAUUCCACGGCGAUAAAAAACGGUUAUUCUGAAGUAUUAUACUACGAGAGCUAUGCCUUUAACCUAAACGAACUCAACCUGCGAGGACUGUCGGUUGUCAUUACAGCAAAACACAGUAACCAACAACGUUUUCUUAAACACUGCCAUGUCAUUGGUUCCGUGGUGCUGCAUGGACUUCUUGUUCGGGACGACGAUGCGUUUAUGGACAGCCAUCUUGUUGAAGUAACGACACGACCUCGACAAACAUUGUACAAGUGGCAUACCCUGUGGAGAUGAAGAUAUGAAAUUGAAAAAACAAUUCUAAAAAGAUGUUAAAAACCAAAAAUAUCGGUACUAUUACAAUGGCACCUUACAUACUUACUGGAACCAGUUAAUGACACCUUACUGGCACCUUGACACUUACUGGCAUCAUACCAACCACUUACUGGCCCCUUACUAACCACUACUGACACCUUACAAACCGCUUCCUGGAAUCAUAUCAACCACUUACUGACACCUUACUGGCACCUUACCAACCACUUACUGACACCUUACCAACCACUUACUGACACCUCACCAACCACU